AUGGAUGAAGGUACAAACCAAAGGGAACAACAAUAUCAUGGCUACUACCAAUACCCGUCAGUACCUGGCCAUACACGCCAGGUUGUACAGCAGCAAAUCUCUCCUGUACAAUCGCCGGAGAGUUUUCGACGGUCAACCGCGGUUCAAUCUGUACACCGGAACCGAGCGCAACCACCGCCACCUGGUCGAGGAGGCGCAUCUAGACGCAGAAUUCACCGUUCGUCUGGCACCGCAGGGUCACAUCAGGGCAGUAUUUCAUCGACCGAUCCACUACAGAACGUAGCACUCCAAUUUCAGCAACGCCCCUUUUCUCCAGAGCCACUGAGACAUGUGCAAUCACAGCAAAUUGGUUAUCCAACACAGCAGCAGCAAUAUGACACAGCAUUCAUGUACGGAUUCGACCAGUCCGGAACAGCGCAGACGGCUUAUGGGAUGUCGUUACCAGAGUCUAUUGGCGGUCUACCCAGUGGUGGUGCUCGAUUUCACGUUUCACAACAAUACUUUCCAUCGCCGGACGAUGCUGAGAGUGUUUCUCAGUUUUUAUCUACACAAGAACAACUUGCGGCAGCGUCAUAUCAGCAACAACAACAAAAUCUCCUGGAUCGACGACUAGAUACAAGUACUUCAAUGACUAGCUUCAAUCCUACGGGAAGUAUAGGAAAUAUGCAGCAGCCGGUAGAACAAGACAUGGCGAAUCUGGAGGAAGGGUAUAAUCGAUAUCGACAAGUACUAAUUACGGUAUUUGGCUACACCCAAAGGGGCCAUUUGAACGAAGCCAGCCGGUUAUUGCUUGAUCUAUCUGCAUGGCUUAUUGAUAAUGCACAAGAUUUGGGUCUAUUCCGAGACGAUCCCAACACACUCACAAAACAUAGACAAUUAUGGAACGAAUUUAAUAUCUGCUGGCUAUCGUUAUGUCAAAAGCAAAAAGAUCUAACAGAGGCACUAUUGAUGAAUGGUCAUCAUCAUCGGCAGCCACUACAAGCACUGCCUGCGACGAUGUUGAAUGCCGAUACCAUGGAGAGAAUGGGGCAAGAAUUGAUUCGACUUUGUGAUCAGGUUGAGCCACAUGGAUUAGUGGAUUACCAAAUGGGCAUAUGGGAGGAGGAGAUUCUUGAUAUUCUUGGUCAAUGCCUGGAUUUGAUAGAGUCAUAG